GUUGUCUUCAUAUCUCAAGCUUCUCCCGAUAAUUUCAGGUGGCGCGUUAGGAUAAGGCGCGUGCACCAUAAGCGGGCAUCGUUGUCAAAACCUCCUGCGAAAUCAUUUUCAGCGUUUUUAACCAGCUUUUUAUUAAAGGGACACCUGCAUAACAGGCGGCAAGCAUGACAAUCAGAAACGUACGAGAUCACGGUCAACGUUAUCGACCACGGAUGGCUUGUCUAAAAAAGAUGGAGGCUCUGGUGGUGGAGAUGCAGGAUCCCAAAAGUGGGGUUAAGUCCCAGACUCAGAGGCUGGUCAUUACUACCAUCCCACAUGCCAUCACUGGGGAAGACAUUGUGGCAUGGGUAGCCAACCGGUUUAACAUCGAUGCGCGAGAGGCUCAGUCUAUAGGAACACUGAUGGUGGCAUUUGGCUACGUAUACCCCCUGCAGGAUCACAAGAGACUCAUCAUUAAAGCUGACACCUCGCUUUAUCGCUUUCAGACGCCGUAUUUUUGGCCUGCCCAGCAGUGGCCAGCAGAAGACACAGACUAUGCAAUCUACUUAGCAAAGAGAAACAUUCGCAAGAAAGGCGUACUGGAAUUACAUGAGCAGGAACACUAUAACAACCUUCACAAAUGGAUGAACCACAAGUGGGAUUUCAUUGUGAUGCAGGCAAAGGAGCAGUACAGGGCAGGGAAGGAAAGGAAGAAGCCAGACCGUGUGGUGUUCGACUGUCAGGAGAGGGCCUACUGGGUGGUGCACCGACCACCACCUGGCACCAUCAGCGCGAUAGACUAUGGCCUAGAUCGUCUCACUGACCCCAGUGCUGAUGAGGUAAAGAAGAAAAAGACAAUGGACUACUACAGAAGAAUUGUCAUCUUCACUCAACAAUGCAUCAUGCGGUCAAGGGUCAAGUCAUCAGUGUCUCUCGGAGCGAUCGUAAAGUACAUAACCACAUGUAAAAACCAUGACCCCUUCCUGGCGACGUGCCUCCCCAGCAACCCGUGGUUAACUGAUGACACCACCUACUGGGAACUCAACAUGCCCAACGUGGAGAUUCCCACGAAGAUGAGAGUAGAGCGCUGGACGUUUGGCUUCCGGGAGCUGCUGAGUGACCCUCGGGGCCGGGCUGAUUUCCGCCUCUUUCUGAAGAAGGAGUUCAGCGGUGAAAACCUGGCAUUCUGGGAAACGUGUGAGGACCUGAAGUGGGGAGCCGCAGCGACAAUGAAGGAGAAAGCCCAGCAGAUAUACAAAACUUUUCUGGCCCCCGGAGCACCGCGCUGGAUCAACAUCGAUGGCAAGACCAUGGAUAUCACUGUGAAGGGACUGGUCCACCCGCAUCGCUACGUGCUGGACGCCGCCCAGACCCACAUCUACAUGCUCAUGAAGAAGGACUCUUUCGGACGCUACAUGAAGUCUACUGUUUUCAAGGAGACACAGAAAAAGGCGAUAUCUCCUGAGGAACACAGAUUCAGUGAUGCACAGCUGGAGCAGAACGCCAAAAAGCGCAAGCCCAACCUCAGCCCCAUCGUGCUGCGGCAGUGGGAGGAAGAGGAGAAGGCGCGGCUGGCCGCCAGCGGGCCCAUGGACAUCACGCAGGUCAUGAGCAAGCUGGACAAACGCAACAUGCUGAAGGAGGGGCAGAAAAAGGCAGAACCAUGACAGCAGAGAGGGGAUAGCAAGUGGAAGGCUGUGAAAAACACCGUUUACUUUCUCAGCAUUUAUUUCACCUGCUCUUAUGGGCAUAUAUAAAAUAAACUGUGAAACUUGUUUAUUAUAUCAAUUUUGAAAGUAAAAUUAUAAUAUAUUUUUGAUAUUCAUUAUUUAAACUAUAACACUGCAUUUUAUCGGAAUAUUUUCUAAGCCUAAACUUGCUAUACCUCUAUCACGUUGUUUUAUGUUAACUGUGAAAUAACUAGGCUGUUUGAGUGUUUUGCUUAUACAGUACCGUAAAAUCAUUGUUGAUUACAUUAGGCGCUUCACCACCGCAGGAACCUUUUCAGGAAACAGGAACAUCUGUCGCGUUCCCACCACAGGAACUCGGCCGAUUGUAGUUCUUCGGAGGUGGUUCCUGAAUCUCAGUCCCUACUCCGGAGUAGGUAGUUACCGCUUCACCAAGAACUAGUGGGUGUGGUUUAUAUAAACUUUGCUGAUUGGUUAAAUUACGUGGAAGUGCGGGGAAAGUAAUAGAGCAAAACUCGAGCAUUGGAAUUAUUUCCUGUAUCUAAAAAAAUACUUUCCUCUUGUGUGACUGUCAUAUCUCUGUAUCGGAAAAUUCGAUCUGUAACUGACAUACUUCUGUCUAAUAUCGCUGGUGUUAAAUUGAAGCUACAAGCUUUUCGCGUCUCCAAGCUAAUUUCAUGCUAAGUUCACAGUUCCUGUUGUGCGGUGGGAAAGGGCCAAUUAGCGUUUUUUUCCGAAUGCUGACCGUCCCUGUGCUGCCUGAUAGGUUUACUCUGCUGAAUGAAUUCUUGGUUGGCAUGUGAUGGAGUUAUUUGAGGCGUAAAUAAGAUCAUAACUUCAGAAGAGCAACAUUUAAUACAUUCACCUCACAUAUAUUUACAACGCCCACACAUUAUUGUUUUGCACAAAAGUAUCAACCUCUUACAAUCAAGCUCAACCCAAUGAACGUAGUCAUCCUCAUAACUGACUCAUUCCACGUAAUCGGUAGUUUUUAUUUGUCAUCCAUUUCAGCUUCCCUGUGUCUUUCUCCGUGUCUCAUAGUGAUUCCUCGUUGGCAUGGAAUACAUCUGUGUAAUUUUCGGCUGAUCAUAUCAUGUUAUUUUCACCGGAUUUCAGCCAUCCUUGUCCUUUUGCUGAACUGUGUGCUGUAUAUGAAAAACUGAGAUCACCUCAUUGUCAUCACUGCUUCAUUGUCCUUUCUUGCUGGAUUAUUUUUGCCCACGGAUGUUUACAUAACGUUUAAUUAAAUAAAGUCCACGCAUUAAUCAUUAUCAUUUCCUGUGUGUCUCCAUGUGUAUUUCCUGUUUGUAGUCUGAAUCGUACAUAUUUACACACACACCUACACACACGGUUUUGUAAUUAUAUCUAUAUAUACUAUAUGUAGGGACUCUCCAUUCAUAUCUAUAGGGAAAACGUUAUCUUCGUCCACUUCUCCAUUUAGCCUAAACUACCUUAAAUCCGACAAAUUAUCCUGCUAACCCUAAAUCCAGCUUCAUGAAUUCAGGCCCCAGAACAUUAGAUAGGCUAAUAGUGCUUCUUAAGUACAGUAUGUGUGUAUUUCAGCGCAGAUUAACGUCCUUCCGGGAGAGGUUAGAGAGGUUAGACCGGGAUGCUAUAUAACUUUAAACGUGGAAACAAGCUUAACGUGGCUUAAUGUCCCAAAAUAACAAAACUACUUUUUCUCACACUUCACUAAUAAUAAAUACAUUCUAUUGCCAAAUGCACGAAACUGUAAUGUGAAUACACAUAAAAUCCAAGUUAAGCAAUUUCCUUUCAGAGAACCCUAUUACAAGGCUGUAAGCGCCCACUGCUGACUUGCGUGCUGUGCCUCCG